AUGUCAAAUAUCGCAUCAUCUUUAUCAGUUUUCAAUGGAGGCAGUGAUGGGUUAGGGGUGCUUCUGCAAGAAGAUAACGAGUGGCUAGGGUUAGAUAUGCGGUUGUGUGUGGAAAUGGAUUUUUCAGAGGGGCCGGUUGUUGCUAAUUCGGGAGAGAUUUCUCUAGGUCGAGACCCGGAUUCUCCGUCUAGGAAAAGACGUCGAGUUGGCGAUGGUUCUCCAUCGGGGGGGAAUUUUCCUGGAAACUCUUCUUCUGCUCCAGAUUUGGUUCAGUGGGUCGAAGGUCAGGAUCCUGCUAGUUUGCUGAAUCCUAGAGUGCUAGCGGAAUAUAUUCGAACUCUGGCGAUUCCUGAUGAUGUCACGUGGUUCUGUGGUAGGCCGGGUCAGGAGCUUUCCGAUCUGGCUUGUUUUCAUGGUUUCUCUGCUCUUCAAUCUGUUCUGGUAUUGAACGACCGCCGACAGUGUGCCGAGGAGGAGGUCGAGCGUCUGUCUUCUCUUUUGGCGACUUCCGAGUCUGAAAGGGCGAAAUUGAAGGCCUCUUUGGAAGAGCAUGAUUCCCUUCUGGCGCAGCUCAAGGCGCAGGAUGCGAUUAAUGAUCGCCAAGUGAAAGUGAUCGAGAAAAAGACCGAUGACUUGACUCAAGAGAUUGAGGAGCUCAUUCGAAUUAAUUCCCUUGUUGGUGGGGAGAGGGACAGUCUAAGAUCGGAGGUUGAAGGUCUUCACAUCCGUCUGCUAGAUACGAAGGCUUUUUACUCUGCUUUGAUAAGCGAGUAUCGCCUUGCGAUUGGGAAGAAGCUUCUAGAGCAGAAUCCUAGUAUUGAUCUUUCUGGGGUUAACGGGUUGGAUCCCCAGGCCAUCGCCCGUGAUCUCCUCGUCAAGAUGUCUAAAGACCGCGUCUAGUAGUUUUUCUUU